UGUGUGUGCACCAUAACUUUGUGGGGUCUGUUAGUUGAACAAUAACAAAAAGGAAUGAAGAAAGGAUGUAAGGAAGAAGGAAAGGAGACAAGGACGCCCCCAUGCUGUGUUGGGUCGCGGCCUGCUGUGUUUCUUCGCCUCCGUUGGGCUCCAUUCACACAGUAAAUAAAAGCAUGGAGGCUGAGCUGUGACUCUCGGGAUCUAACAGCGAACCAGCGGGGGGUGAAGACACCGCCGCAUGCGCUCUCCCUUUCACCACAAACAUACACAGGACGGAAGGAAGCGGGUCCGCGGAGAACCGGAGCCCGGUUUCAGGAGGUAGAAGAGGACCGUAGGGAGCGGGGGCAGCCCUGUGCCGUGCUGAGCCGUGCUGAGCAUGAAGCGGACGGCUGUAGUGGCCAGGCACAAUGGCCUCGUCUCUCCGUUGGGGAACAACAACUCCGGGGCUUCGAGCAUCGUCUCGCCACCGCAGCAGCAGCCCAGAGCCGGUACCGGGGUGUCCGCUGCAGCCGCCUGCGGGGCCGGCUGCGGGAUGGACGGCCUGCUGGAUUUCUCCAAAGGCCCCGCCACCGUCAAAACCGAGCUGGUCUGCAAAUGGACCGAGCGAACUUCUCCCAGACAGAGGCUCGCGGGGCGCGCGGCGACAUCCGUCUGCGACCAAACUUUCAGCUCCAUGCACGAGCUGGUGGACCACGUCACCACCGAGCAUGUAGCCGCGGGGCUCGAGACCCUCAGUCACGUCUGCAUGUGGGACGAGUGUCUGCGCGGCGGGAAGGCGUUCAAAGCCAAAUACAAACUCAUCAACCACAUCCGCGUGCACACCGGGGAGAAGCCUUUUGCAUGCGCAUUUCCCAACUGCGGCAAGAUGUUCGCACGCUCCGAGAACCUCAAGAUCCACACGCGCACGCACACUGGUGAGAAGCCAUUCCAGUGUGAGUUUUGUGAGCGACGCUUCGCCAACAGCAGCGACCGGAAGAAGCAUUCACAGGUCCACACGGCCUCGAAGCCCUACGACUGCAAGGCCCUGGGCUGCACCAAGUCCUACACCCACCCCAGCUCCCUGCGCAAACACAUGAAGGUUCACGUCAAGUCGUCACCUACCUCCGAACCCCGGGACGUGUACGACUCCAUCCCUCAUCAACUCCAACAACCUCAUCAGGUUCUCCUCGAGCCCCUCGACCUUAAAAUGAACCGCCUCUCUCCAUCACUUGCCAAUAGAAACACUCAUUUUCCUCUUCUGUCCAAUCACGGAUAUGAUAUCAGUUCAGCCGGCGAGGUCGACCAUAAGCUGCUGCUGCGGAGUUCGUCUCCGAUGGCGAUGCCUCUGGAUCUCUCUCUGUCGGGCCUCAAGAGUCAGCUGGCCCAGAAGCAGCAGAGUGGUCGGACCCCGCGGAGGAGCCAGCGCUCAGUCAAUCCAGCCUUACCUCAGUUGUCUAACAUUAAGGAGUGGUACGUCUGUACCAGGAGUACAGCACCACACCUUCCUCUACUUCACCCGGACCACAUCAAAUCAGAACCUAGUGAUGACGAGGAGUACGUCACGUAGGAUGGAGGGACGGGUGAAUUUGGACUUGAAGAACAUACAUUGUCAGACCCGGGUCAGGCCAGAGGAUGCUCUGUGGAAUCAUAGAUGCUGUAAAUUUCCAGAACCAGCAGUUGUAUGGUUCAACAUCAAUGACCCU